AUGAACUAUGAUCAUAAUAAUAAUUUAAUAAGAAAAAAAAUACAAGUGAAUAAAAUUAAAUCUCCAAAAGAUUUUGUACAUUUUCGGAAAGCGAAAACAGUAGAAGGAAAUGUUAAAAUAAAAAACCAUGUACUUUUUAAUGAUACCAAAAAAAAUGGAAAAGAGAAAAUCAAAAAUUUAUCUCGCACAUAUCAAACUAUAGAUGAUCGUACAUUAAAUGGAAGUAAAAAGAAUAAAAAAAAAAAAAUUCAUUAUAAUAAUUUAAUAAAUUAUCCUAAAAAAACAAAUCUUCCUUUAGAAGUACAUACAUAUUCUGAUGAAGAUAAUAUUAUAUCUGACAAAUCAGAAAAAGAAACUGAAGAAAAAAUAAAAUACAUAAAGGACAAGAUCUUAAAUAAAUAUAAAGAUCUCUUUGAAACAUACAAUAAUAUUAUAAAUGUAUUAAUUAAUAGUAAUGAAGAGAUCAAAGUUGAAUUAAAUAGAGAAACUAUUUAUAACUUUUUAAAAAUGUCGUAUAAAUAUGCUGAUUAUAAUUAUUCUCUUGCAUGUGCAAUACUUUUAUUGAUAGAUAGGUUAAAUUAUCCUGACAUAGAAUUAAAUGAAAAUGAAAAAGAGGGUUUAGAAAAUAUAUUUAGAUCUUAUAGUUAUCAUACUAUAUUAUCAUAUAAAUAUGCCUUUAAAGCAUAUCAUCACAACGACAAAGACACAAAUAAUAAUAAUGAUCACAAAAACAAUCACAACAAUAAUAAUAACUGUAUUACCUUUCAAGUAAAAAAAAAUAUAUGUAAAUCUAUUCGUCAUAAAAUUAAGAAUCAAUUUCUUUUAAAUUCGGAAGCUAUCAUAAAUCUAAUAAAUUGUAUUUUUUAUACAAUAAAAGAGGAACGAAAUAAAUUCUUCUAUACUUAUUUAAAUGCCAAUCAAUAUAAAAUAAUAUCAGAUAUGACUGAAACAGGAGUGAAAUAUAAAUAUGAACAACUAGCCGAACGAACAUUUAAAAGAGCUUUAGAUUUGGGGAUGAUUUAUUUGAAACCUACCGAUAUUAAUUUUUUAAAUUUGGCUAGUAGCUACAUUUAUUUUUUAUAUUUCAAUUUAGGAUAUGAACAAAAAGCAUUGAAUAUAUGUAUAGACAUAUUUGACAAAUCAUCAAAUAUAUUAGACGAAAUUGAAGAUAAAGAUCAUGCACAUAAAUGUUUAGAAAUUUUAAGUAAAAUGAGGCAUCACAUAAAACGUUGGUCUAAAAAAUUAAAUAAAAAUAGUAUACUCUUUUUAACAUUUUGA